CCACCAUCGUUAAGUAUCGACGACUACGGUUGGACCCAGCGCGUAACAGCCCUUAAGACACAGGGCCAACAAACCACUAUUCAAUGGGUCCCUGGGCACCAUAGCAUCAAGGGGAAUAAGAAGGCAAACCAAGUAGCAAAAAGAGCAGCAGGCAAGCCCCUGCAGAAUGAGUCUAGGGAACUUUCUAUGGCCUACACCCAUAGAGCCUGUACAGAGGCAAUCAAGGCCUGCAAGCAGAGGUGGCUAGUAAAGGCAUUAGGAUGCAGGACUCAGGCAGCCCAAAGAACAUAUAGGGCUCAGCCUGGCUAG